AUGUAUGAUGAAAGAUUUGAAAAACAACCCCAAUGUUUAAUGAAUGACUUGAAAACCCCAAUGUAUGACGAACGAUUUGAAAAACAACCUCAAUGUUUAAUGAAUAACUCGAAACCCACAAUCUAUGAUGAAAGAUUUAAAAAACAACCCCAAUGUAUGAAGAACGAUUUGAAAAAACCACAGCGUUUGAAUGACUUAAUAAACCGGCAAUGUAUGAUGAAAUAA